CUCAAGGCUCUCUGUCAAGUGUUUAAAAAUGGUUGGUUUAUAUCUCUGAACAUUUACUGGCUGAACUGAACAGGUUGUUUUGGUGGUUGUCAUUGCUUGGGCUGUUUGGUUUAAUAGGAACAAAUCAAGAGCGGUGGUGUGCUACAAAGAUAGAUCCAUUUGAAAUUGUUGAAUUUUCUAAGGAUUAUGUUCGACAAUUCCAACGCAUACAAGAUCAAGUUUUGGCUGUUAGUGUUCAUGUUGAUCGUCCAUCAGUAAUCAAAAGGUCUGCAGCGUCUGCUCCUCCUGUGGAUUUUUGUAAAAUAAACUUCGAUGGGGGCAGUCUUUAGUUCCUGUGGAUGCUCAGGUGUGGGAGUGGUGCUGCGGAAUCAUGAAGGACAUUUUUUAGCAGGCUUGAGUCUUAAAUUGGUUGGACAACUAAGUGCUAAUAACAUUGAAGCUUGGGCUACUUUCACUGCAGUUCGUCUUGGCCAUGAACUUGGUUUUUGGAGGAUUGUUUUAGAAGGUGCUUCCAAAGUAGUUACUGAUGCUAUUCAGAAGACUCGGUCGGAUUUUUCGGAGAUAGGAAAUUUUGUGGAGAAGAUUCAGGCUUAUGGGUCCUCUUUCGAGUCUUUCUCAGUUUCUUGGAUUCAGAGGGCGAGCCGCAUCUAUUCUCUCUCACACAUCUGAACACCACCGCCAACGACAGCCAGCAGCUGCCCAGGUAUCUCUCAAUCAUAUCAUCUCUCUGACACAUCUCAUCUCCCUUUUUUCUCUUUCUCUUUGUCACCCGAAAGCCGAUCUUCAUGUUCAUCCCAUUCUGUGCACACGAGAUGUUCGAAAGAUUGCCAGGACGACAAUUUCUGUUGGGCAUAUAGAGUUCUUUAUUCGGUUUUUAUGUGCAAUCCACCAAAAUCAUGUAACCACUCGCUAAAAUCGGUUUUUAUGGGCAAAUUAUAUGAUAAACUGG